AGAGUACAUUAUAUAUGGUGUGCCGUGACUGCCGUGCAGGCCGUGCACCACGGUGCACCAUCUCCGCUAGGAGUAAAGUAUUCUGUGCCGUGCACAGAGUACUUUUUAUAAACUGGAAGUACCGUGUAGUGGACGAGCGACUUUUGGGUACUUGUUUCAAAACAAUAAAACUCUACUUCUCUAUCUCUAACGAUAGGGAAAAAGAAAGAUACUUCUUUGAUAAAACACAUUCCAUAUUUUGAUAAUAUGUCGCAUAAUAUAAAAAUUCUACCUGGUGCUACUGUUUGUGAAGAUUGUACGUUAGAAGGUGAUAUUACAAUAGGAGGAGGAACAGUGAUUCAUCCGAGAGUUACUAUUAUUGCUGAGGGUGGACCUAUCAUAAUAGCAGAAUAUUGUUUAUUUGAAGAGUAUUCCACAAUUAUUCAUAAGAAAAGUGAUAAGCAAGAGAAUCCUCCAAAACCGCUUUUUAUUGGGGCACACAAUGUCUUUGAAGUAGGAUGUAAGCUUGAGUCACCAUGUGGCCAUAUAGGAGAAAGCAAUGUAUUUGAAUGCAGAUCAUUUGUUGGUGUUGAUGUUAAGAUUGGCAGUGGAUGUGUAAUUGGUGCAGCUUGCAGUUUAAAUGCACCACAAACUUUGGCUGACAAUACUGUUAUAUGGGGUUCUGAACACCAUAACAGAGAAGCAUUGGAAAAACAACCAUCGCAGAUGCUUCAGUUGGACUUUUUGAGUAAAGUGAUGCCUAAUUAUCAUAGACUUAGGAAACCUAAUGUGCAUAAGAGGCAGACUUCUAGGCAGUCUCAAGAACCAAUAAAAGCUUAAUGUGUCCAACCAUAGGAUAUCAAUGUAAAAUGUAAAUUAACAUUCAAGAAAAAUUGAGAUCUAUUAUUUAUUUAAUUAUUUAAAAGGUAAUAAAUUAAAGUAAAUAGUAUUUUUCCAAAUUAUUACCCGAAUAUUGUACCAUAAAACACCAGUUUACAAUUAGAAUUUAUUUCACCAGUUUACAAUUUAUUAACUAGAAUUUAUUUCUCACAUUCUCUACUCCAUAGGAAAUUUUAAUAAAAAAUAAUUAAGGAUGUAGUUUCUUGUCUUUUGCACCCAAUUAACACUAAAGUACUGAAAAAUUUGGCUCUAAAAUCGUAUUAUAUUUUUGUAGAAUAGAUCUCAUAGACUGGCAAUGACAGGUAGCAUUGCCAGUGAAAGAGUAUAUUAUUAUUUUUAUAGUACCUGUAAUAAACUUUUAGUUUUUGUAUUGUAAAUUCAAAAUGCAUUGAUUAUUUGUGUCGUGAAAAUGCAUUGAUUGAAGGCGUUGGCUAUUAAUGGCGGUGUAAAAAUAUCCACUAUUCUAUAACGUCCAGAAGGUGUAUGAAGCAAUGGAGGGAAAUUUAAACAGAAGAUGGGCACCAGCAUCUUACAGAUAACAACUAAAAAAGGUGAUGUUUGUGAAAAGUAUACUGUCACAUUCUUUUCUCAUUAACAUUUAAAUUGUUAAACUGGUGCAAAACAGCAACUUUACAGUACGCCACGUAACAGUUCAUCAAUUGGGUUUAGGGUAUAUUUUAGAAACCGCUUAUGUGAUCUGCUUGAAAUUUGAAUACAUUGUUCUGCUUCUGUAUAUUUAUAAUAUGUCCUACAAGAUAGAUUUCUAAUAUUACUCAAUUUAAUAAAAUAUCACAUGCGUCAUUGUUCUAUGAACACUCAUGUGACGUAUGUUAUCAUACGUCGUUGUUUUGCGGAUUUUCUUCGUAUUUCACAUGACGCAAAGUAACUUCCGUCGAUGUUUUAGGAAAUCUCUAACAAAAUUUUGUGACGGGCUUCAAAGUUAUAGGUUAGUAGAUGAAAAAUAUAUAUUAUUUUGGCUUACAUUUUUUAUUUAUUUUUAACAUUUAUUAUCAGAUAAAUUUUAAAACAAAAAAAUCAAAUUUAUGACACUAAAAGUAAGAGAUCAAUAGUUUUAAAAAUCACAAGACUUGUAAAAAAUCAAAGAAAAAAUUUAAUCAAACAGUAGUUAAUAUUAAAAAAAAUGUUACGAGGAACAUUAUUACUUAUUACUAUCAAUACAGUAUAAUCAGUCUCAAACGUUACUCUUAUAAUAUUGGAGUAUAAUCAAACUUAAACGUUACUCUUAAAAUAUUUGAGGAUCAUUAUACAUUUUGUUUU